UCUAAUUUCGAUGGUACGCUUCUUCUGCCUUCAGCUUUCCUCCGCUCCUUUUCUUCACCGUCUUCCGCUGACAUCUGGCUGCUACUCGCCGUCAUAACCCGGCCACCGUCGCACCUCUGCGACUGUUUGCCCCACGAAACAUAUCGAAGCCGGCAAGGCUUCUUUGCCGUUCAUUGUGUCCGUGGCGUCUCUCCCGGAAUCGCCUCCUUCCAUCAUACAAAAGCUUAUAAUAAGAAGCGCCAAAAAAAGGGGGUGCACCCAAUGUAUACAAGCUGCACAAAAAAACAACAACCCAAGCACCAGAAAAGAAAGAAGAAACCUAGAAAAGAGUAAGACUAGCCACAAUAAAUAGUCUCUAGAAAAUUCAGAUGAGAGGGGAUCUCCAAAUCCAACAACUGUUUGGACCAUUCCACAAGGGAUCCGAAAAAGAGAACCCUCAGCCUUUGUUUAUUCAAGGUUGCCUAUCUCAGUUAUCAACUAUGAUUUACACGGCAAUUGACACAUUCUACCUAACCGAUGAGCAGCUAAAGAACUCACCUUCUAGGAAAGAUGGUAUAGAUGAAGCAACUGAAACAACCCUUAGAAUUUAUGGUUGCGAUCUCAUCCAAGAAAGCGGCAUUUUGUUGAGACUACCUCAAGCAGUAAUGGCCACUGGCCAGGUUUUGUUCCAUCGCUUCUACUGCAAGAAGUCAUUUGCCCGUUUCAAUGUGAAGAGAGUUGCUGCUAGUUGUGUUUGGCUAGCAUCAAAGCUGGAGGAAAGCCCUAGAAAAGCAAGGCAAGUCCUCAUUGUUUUCCACAGAAUGGAAUGCAGGAGGGAGAACUUACCCGUUGUGCACUUGGACCCAUUUUCUAAGAAAUAUGCAGAAUUGAAGACUGAUUUGAGCAGAACUGAAAGGCACAUUUUGAAAGAGAUGGGUUUUAUUUGUCAUGUGGAGCAUCCUCAUAAAUUCAUAUCAAACUACCUUGCCACCCUCAAAACUCCUCCAGAAUUGAGACAAGAAGCUUGGAAUCUUGCAAAUGAUAGCUUGCGCACAACCUUAUGUGUUCAAUUUAAGAGUGAGGUGGUGGCUUGUGGGGUUGUAUAUGCGGCCGCUCGUAGGUUUCAAGUACCCCUUCCUGAGAAUGAACCGUGGUGGGAGGUAUUUGAUGCAGAGAAGUCUGCAAUUGAUGAGGUUUGCAGAGUCCUGGCUCAUCUGUACAGCCUUCCAAAGGCACAGCAUAUCCCAGUAUGUAAGGAUGGAGAUUCUUUCACAUCUUCUAACAAGUCACGAGAUUCACAAACUCAGCCAGUUUCAAAGGAAGUUUUGCAGAGUGGCCCAUCGGCUAAUAAUGAUACUGUCACUCCCAAAGCAGCUUCCACGUUGAUUAAUCCAGAAUCAGGUGGGUCCAAGAAUUCAAUGGUAAAACAAGCCCUUGACAUGUUGAAGGAAUCCAAAAAGGGUGAUGAUGAUCCCAAGAGCAUGGCUGUGGAGGGAGAGGGUAGAGAAGAGCCCAUACCAUCCAAGUCUGAGCAUAGAACAGAGGCAAGUGGGGAAAGGAACAAGGAGAGGGAAAGGGAGAGAGAAAGGGACAGGGACAGAGACAGAGACAGGGAAAGGGAAAGAGCAAAAGCACGGGACCGUGAUAGAGGAAGGGAUUCUGAUAGGGAACGGGAGCGUGAUGAGAUUGACAAGGACCGGGAGAAGGUGAAGGAUAGAAAACAUCGGUCUAAGGAUAGAGGAGGGCAUUCAGAGAAAUCAAGGCGUCACUCAUCUCGAGAUCGGGACUACCACAGCUCCUCUUAUUCUUCAAGGGAGAAGGAUCGCCAUAGACAUCAUCCUUACUCUUGAACCAGUAGCCAAGACUCCUUUGUGGACACCACCCGAGAGUUUGAAAAUUUCUCAUUUUUGAAGUGGGGGGGCCUCAUGCUGGAGGAGGCAAGCAGCGUGGGACACGUGGGGGAGGAUGUGACCAUUACCAUGGUGGUGGUUGAAACUUUAGAAGAUGAUGGUUGGAGCAGGGAGAUAGGUGGAAGUGUGGAAGAGAAGAAAGAGGCGGGAUAGAAGGAGCAGGGAAGAGAAGCUCGGGAGGUUCUUGAGGUGAAGAGAGAAAAAAAAACAAAAAAACAAAAAAAACAAAGGACGAGAAAGUGGAGGUGGGUAGCCAAGCAAUUCUUUACCUGAAAGGAGCUUUUCGGGUACGACUAUUGUGAGCUUCUUAUUUCUCGUUUCCAUAUUGAUUUACUCUCAUUUUCAGCUAUUUUACUGGGCAUUGAUUUGUUGAGGGGAGCUUUCCAGGGGCCAUACGUUUGCUUUGUUGGAUCUACUCUUUGUAUGCAUGCUAUGUCUUGGCUUUAUAUUUUGGUAUCGUUAUUUUUCUCUGGUAAAUAUGCGUUAAUCCUUCCCUGAGUUUGAUGAGUAAAGAUCCUGCUCUUGUUUCUUGUGGAUUCUACUUGUAUUAGCCCAUGUAUGUUACUUGAAAUGAGGCUUUACACGUUCAUGUUUUGCUUGUUUUCCUAUUUGACCUUCUCUCCGUUUUUGUUAUGGCUCCUAUUUCUGUUUUUCCUCCUUUGUUUCUGGUGUGUUUGAGGUGCUAAGUAUCAUAGUUGGAUUGGCCACUUGUUGGGUUAACCGUU